CGCCACCGGCGCCACGGCGAGCAAGGCCCCGAGCAUGGCAGAGGCGACGGCCAGCGUGGGAGCCACAGCCACCGUCACCGAGACCGAGGUGACGGAGCCGGAGAAUCGCAGUCUCACCAUCAAGCUGAGGAAACGAAAGCCGGCCAAGAAGGUGGAGUGGUCAAGUGACACAGUGGACAACGAACACUUGGGACGUCGAUCUUCCAAAUGCUGCUGCAUCUAUGAGAAGCCGCGGGCUUUCGGCGAGAGCUCGACGGAAAGCGAAGACGAGGAUGAUGAAGGCUGUGGCAACGCUCACUGCAUCCGGGGCCACAAGAAAGGCCAGCAGGGGAAAGCGCAAGAUAAAGCGGGAGACGCCGGCCCCUCGAAGGGCACCCCGCGGAAGUCAGAGCCGCCUGACCAAAACCACGCUGGGGCCAUGCAGCACUGAGCCCCACCCUGCCCCAACGGGGAGGAGAGCCCCGACU